GACACAACAGAGGAAGAUGGAGCCCUCCGUGACGUUUCAGUGCUUCCUUUUCUUUUCUUUUUUUCGGAAUCGGAUAUGGAGCAGUAGUUGUCUGUUUUGGAUUCAUUUAUACUUUUAUAGCUUCAAGCUUGAGAAAUUGUGGUGAUGCCAUAUUAUCCGAUUGAGAUCUGUUACAGUUCCUCGACUGAAUAUAGGUUCGAGCUCUAGUCGACUGGGCCCAACCGCUCCAUCCUCUCCUCUCUCGUCUCAACAGCCACUCUCGAGAUGGACAAGCAGCAGCAGCGACAAUGGGACGAGUUGAACCUCGACUGUUUACUAAACGUGUUUGCAAGACUUGGAAUGGAGGAACUGCUCUACGAUGUCCCCUUCGUCUGCAAGUCAUGGCACAGAGCAAGCCACAAUCCUUCAUGCUGGCAGUCUCUUGAUUUUCCCGACAUUGAUCAUAGUGCCAUUGACAAGGAUGACUAUUCCGAUGAUUCCUCUGAGGAAGAUGAACCCAAACCUCGGGAACCCAAUUCUUUCUAUGAUAAGUUCGUGCACGUUUAUCCAAUUGAGAGCAGUCGUUUCUCUAUCAGUGGUAUUGUAAAGGUUGUCCUCAAGCGCAGCAACGGACUUGCCACUUCUCUUGGGCUACCCCGAAAUUGCGUACCCCAAGUUCUUACAUCUGUUUCAGAUGUGAUUCCCGGACUUAAGUUCUUGUCUCUUUGGUGCGACUACAAGCUCACAAUGCAGUACAAACUCGCACUUAGGGAACUGUUUACCAAGUGUACAAACUUGGAGACAUUGUCAUUGGAAAGCAGCUCCCGCAACUUCCGCCACCAGAAACUUAAUAGUUUUCUAAUCCUCACACAUCUUCGCUGCAAGAGUGUUGUUGAUUUGCGCGUGUUGAAUUCCCAGAUGUGUAAACACGACACAUUUGCGAUUUCCAGCAAGCUGCCCAAAUUAAAGUACUUGAGCUUUAGGAAGUGUGACAUGGAUCGAGACGGUAUCAUCAGCUUACUGCAGAGGUGCACAGAGAUGGUGGAUAUUUUUAAAGAGAUGGCAUCGGCUUUCUAGUAGUGUUCAAAUAUAAAUUGCCUGAAUCUUAUCUCCCAACUUUAGGUAUCAUAACUAUGAAAAAUGGCUAGUUGUGCGGAGGGCGCUUGCAGCUGAUGUGUGUGGAUUCGUUUACAGUUGAGAAAUGAAUUCGAAGUGGUCUUGUGCAAGCUUUGUGGUGGAACCUUAGAGACUGUACAAAAGAUCCGAGAUAGUGUUCAUUGAGUGGUUUCGCAUAUUGUAUCUACCCAUUUGUGCUUCCAGGGUGGCCGACACCAGUUCCUCAACAGCAACAAAAAUGCUUGUCCACCGUAGACUGUAUGUAACAGUUUAAACUCUAGUUCCACAUUACUCUUUGGUUACUUUCUGCAUUUGUGAUAUGAAGUUAUGAACAACCAACUUGUUUCUAGUGUC